AUGCCUCCGCGCAAAAGCGAUCAGCAGCGCAAGAGCGAUGUCUCUGUAGCGAGAUUCAUUCUCGCCGACGAAGAGAGCCCAGCCACACAAUCCCCAGCUCCUGUAGCUGCAGCUCCCUCCACCUCCGCCUCUGCCACACCCGCUGCUGCGCGUGUCUCGCAACCACCAUCGGAGAAGAAGGAGAAAGAAAAGGACAAGGAGAAGGAGAAGGAUAAAGACAAGGAUAAGGAUGGAGAGAGAAAGGACACAGCCAUCUCGAUUGAGGACCUCCAGCUUCCCAAGUCGAUCAUCACACGCCUCGCAAAGGGUGUUCUUCCCCCAAACACCCAGAUCCAGGCCAAUGCGAUACUCGCCAUGUCAAAGAGCGCAACGGUAUUCAUCAAUCAUCUAGCAAACGCGGCCAAUGAGAUCACGACGAUGCAGAACAAGAAGACUAUCAUGCCGCCCGAUGUAUUCCGAGCUCUGGAUGAGAUCGAGUUUGGCUUCAUGCGGGAGCGCGUAGAGGCCGAGUUUGCCAAGUUCAACGAGGUUCAAACAUCGAAACGCACUACGUAUCGCAAGAAGAUAGCUGCCGCCAAGAAGGCCACCACUGGCGAGGAUGGCCCAGAUGCGUCAAUGGUGAGCAUGCCCGAGGGGGACACAACCAUGAACGAUAGUGCGUUGGUAUCUGGCGCCGACACGAGCGCGAUACAGCAGCCACGCUCGAAGAAGGCUAGAACGGACGAUGCCAGCGGUCUCGACUCGUCUAGAAUGGAGCUUGACGAAGACGGACAGGAGCACGAGCACUCGGAUGCCGAGACCGUACCGGAUGAUGUGGACGAGGAUGAGGACGAAGACGAUGCAGAGGAGGAAGAGGAAGAAGAGGACGACGAUAAGGAGGCGGCAGACGAGGAGCGAGACGAUGUAGAAGAUCGCGAGAAUGGCCCUGACGAGGACGAAGCUCUGGAUGAUGGCAACGAUAGUGAGUAA